AGGUGGAGAGGGGCUGGCACAGAGCUAUGUUAAGGUGGAGAGGGACUGGCACAGAGAGCUAUGUUAAGGUGGAGAGGGGCUGGCACACAGAGCUAUAGACAGGAGAGCCAUCCAUUGUGUUAGUGGGAGGAAGAGGCGGCCGUACUUUAUACAGCCCGGGGGGAGGAAUAUGGCCCAGCUCCGGGGGAGGGAGAGGCCUGUUUUAUGCCCUCCCCCUGUCAUGCUGGGCUCGCUCCGUCCUGUCUAGUUGUUUAGCGGACUGUGGGCGGGAAGGGACGCACUGAGACAUCAUGGCUUUAGUAUUCACAGCUAUCCGCCUCCUCCUGGGGCUCUUCUUCGGCCUGGCCGGGGCGCUCAAACUCACCGACUGCAUCUCGGCCGACGUACACGCACAGAUGAAAUCCCAGUUUGUGCAGUUUGCAGAUGUCUUCCCUUUAAAAGAAUUGGGCUACAAACCAGAACCACUGCAGUACAUGCAAGCAGUGGGCUGGGUGGAACUGGUGGCUGGUAUCCUGCUUGCGGUGGGACCCCAGAUCCUGCGCGAAAUCAGUAACUUUGUGCUGUGCGUUGUAAUGAUUGGUGCCAUCUACACUCUUUUGAUUUUAAAGGAACCGAUUGCUAUGUGUGCCCCAGCUACAGUCUGUCUGGGACUCCUACUUCUGCUAAAUAUCAGAGGCCAAGGCAGGAGACAAAAAUCAAAGUUUGAAUGAUGAAGUUCAUGCACUGCUUUUUUUUAUUUUCCCCCCACUCUUUAUUCAAAAUAAAAAUUUAACCAUG